GCGGCGCGCGCACGCUGGCGCGCGUCCUCGGAUAAUGAGGAAUUCCUGGAUGCUCCGCGCGAGCCCGCGGCGGACGCUGCGAGGCUUCACCGUGUCGGCGCGGGCGGAGGGGGCGUGAAGACCGCUCUACGGUGGCCGCCGAGGGACGACACUACGGCUCCCACGCUGGGACAAACGCCUCCGGCCCGGCCCGGGCGCGCCCUCCCCUCCGGGCCAGAGUCAGUCGGGGGCAACUGAAGGGCCGCGCGAAGCGACCCCAUCCUCGGCGGCAUGUGCCCGCCCUGGCGUCGCACCCCCGGGGCACAGGCUCAACCGCAGGCCCGGUCCCCAGCGCCGUCGGCCUGCCGCAUGGUUCCGGACACCGGCACCGCCACGGAGAGGGCACCGGGCCGACACCUCCCCCAAGGCUCAGCCGAGGGCUCCUAGAUGCUGAUGACACCUAUGCUAUCCAUCUGGACACUGCACCACCACGGCAAAAUAGCACUGCUGCCCGGGCCAAAUGCCGGUCAUGCCCAUCCCGCGGCGGGUGCGCUCCUUCCACGGCCCGCACACCACCUGCCUGCACGCGGCCUGCGGGCCCGUGAGAACCUCUCACCUGGCUCGCACCAAGUACAACAACUUCGACGUGUACAUCAAGACCCGCUGGCUUUACGGCUUCAUCCGCUUCCUGCUCUACUUCAGCUGCAGCCUCUUCACAGCGGCCCUGUGGGGCGCGCUGGCCGCGCUCUUCUGCCUGCAGUACCUGGGCGUGCGGGUGCUGCUGCGCUUCCAGCUCAAGCUGUCAGUGCUGCUGCUGCUGCUGGGGCGCAGGCGGGUGGACUUCCGCCUCAUGAACGAGCUGCUCAUCUACGGCAUCCACGUGACCAUGCUGCUGGUCGGGGGUCUGGGCUGGUGCUUCAUGGUCUUUGUGGACAUGUGAGGGCCCAGCCUCCACGGGGCUCUUGGCUGCGCCAUAUCAAGCUUCUUUCUUGGAGGGUGGGGCUGGUAGGGAAGGCCUGAAGCACACACUCCCACUGAGGGGAGAAAAGGGCUGGGACUACUCUGUAGUGGGGAUACCACACAGUCUCCCUGUUGGCUCCUGCGCUAUCCUUCCUGUGCACUUUCCCAGAUGUGCUGCACUUUCCCAGAUGUGCUACCCCACCCCCAGCCUCUUGCCUCAGGUUGCCUGUGUGUUUUCAGGUUGUCCAGUGGGUGGCCCAUCUGUCUUUUCUCCACCUUGAGACCUUCUGUGUGACCUUCUCACCAACAUCAGGCCCAACCAGUGGGACACGAAGGGGUGCCUUUGGGCUGCACGGCCCCUUCACGUGCCCUGUUCCUGGCUGUAGCCUCAGGGACCCAUCUGGCUAUAUAAGCAGACAUACUACUGCCACUAACUGUGCCCACUUUGGGCUGCUUGAAUCCUAAGCCCAUGGACCACUCCCUGCUGUCACAGUGGCAGUGGCAGUCUUGAACCUCAAGUCAGGCCUCAGAGUCACCUUGGUUUGCAUAGGUGCAGUUCAGCAGGACAGCAUACAUGGGUUUGGCCAGUCCCUGCCUGGCAGAAGGGAGCAUAGCAGCAAGACUCGGGGACUCCAGAGCAGGGCUGGUCCACACACCCUGGGCAGGUCUGUGUGUCAAGCCGUGCUGGAGCUCUGUAAACCAAGAAGGCCUAGAAAAACACUUCUGCUUAACAUCAGGAGUUCCCACUGUCUAUGAGGGAUAGGGCCUCCAGCGCCUCCCAAGGUCUUGGCCAGACCUGUGGAAAACAGAAGCAAACCUACUGUACCCCCUCAGUGGUAUUUACCAGCCCUGUGGGCAUCCUGGGUGGGCUAGCUGCGCCUUUCCCACAUGCUGUUAGGCCUGGUUUGUGAGACAAAAGAUGGAGUGAGUAGCUGACUACCUUGGCCUCUGUCAGGGGUGGGAGAUGGUGCUCCCUGGUGACAAGGGCCUGGGUGGCAAGUGAAGUGGUUUGAGCAGUAACUCCAGGGUCAGAACAUUGAGCAUAUCCUGCUAACACGUGCUUCACCCCAAAUUGUCACCCCACACCUUGGGCAUGGGGGUGGCCCCUUUCACCCUACCCGCCAAGAAGACCAGUUGUGUUCCACUGAUGAGAAACUUAAGAAACACAAACAGGGAAAGCAAAGAUAUAGGACUAUUGACCUAGCUCUUUAACUGUCGCCAUUGGUCUAGCAAGAGGGCUCGUGGAGAAAGUCUGCCUCCCAGGACAGCAGAUGAGGUGCCUUUGCAGUGGACCCCGCUGUUGCUUGCUUGCUGCAGAGAAUUGUUUGCACUAAACCCCACUCUUCCCCCAAAGCAGCAUUGUUCUUUGUUGAUUAGCUCAUGUUCCUCAGAGUGACCUGAAGCCCCAUUUUGCUGGGUGAAGGUGGGUGUGUCAGGGCUGGUGGUGGGAGGGAAUGAUGGGACCUUGUCACUCAUUGCACACCCAGCUGCCCAGUGUCCUGAGUGCCUGUUAAAUUCUUUAUGAAAUGAAUCACCUGCAUUAAACCUAUUUUUUUAAUGUG